AUGGACCCGGCACGCGAGGCUGAUGGAGGUGGCGGCUUACCAACCCAAAUCUCUUCUUUGCAGUCCCAUCGGCCGAUGUUCCUAUCCUCCCAGCCAGCCCAGCAGCCCUCUUGUUCGCCAACUGAUGACGACUAUGGCGGGGAUGCGUUUGAGACCAAGCACCAACAUGGAGAAUCCCGAACAACUGACACCCAUGCCCACUCCGCCUUGCGGGAAAACUGCCCGAGCCCCUGGAGACCCUUGGAAGCAUGUAAAGGUUUCGAUUUGCGCACUUGGGAUGUCGCUCCAGCCAGCAGGUCGGGGAGAACGGCAAGGAAGACGCCCUCACGCGACGACGGCGGUCGCAGUGAAGACGGCGCUUUCCGCCGCUUCCCCGACCUGCCCUAUGAGCUGCGCUUGAAAAUCUGGCGCAUCCACCUCGAGCGGCCACGCAUCGUCGUUAUCAGGGGCGUUAUGGACAGCUCGGGCAUCAAGGUUUCCGGCAACGAGUUGGGAAACGUCGUCUGCAACGCCCAUUGGUACUGCGAGAACAGGAGCCCGGCCGCCUUUCGCGUGUGCGCAGAAUCACGCCGCGAGGCCGUGUCCUUCUUCAGAAUCCAUCUGCCCUUGCGGUCACCGGACCCUGACGCCCACGGCUACCCGUAUCUGAAUCAGCGAAACCCGGCGUGGGACCGGAUCUACGUCAACCCUGACUGGGACCUUGUCCUGUAUCAGGGCGCCUCCAGAUCUCUGACAAUGCCCAUCCUUGCCAGCGACCUGCUGGCCUACGAUCCGUUGGGCAGAGGCGUCGCCCACUACGGCUCCAAUGACUGGCCAGAGAGCAUCUGGCAUGUCAAUCCGGAUCCCGGCUUCAGCAUGGCCACCCUGAAUGAAUCAUUUGCCUUCCUCCAAAGCUUCUUCCUGUGCACGCGGUCCACGUCGGACAUGGCCCGCCCGCUCGGUGAGGGCUACGUGCACGCCGUGACAGGCGAGGUUGGCCGCGCCGGCAUGCUUGAUUUUGGCAUGCACGCCGUUGACUGGACGCGAGCCUCGCGCUUGGUGGUGCGCACGCCGAACAACAGUAUGGUCCGUAAGGCCCUGAUGUUCGGCAAAGGAGUCGACCACUCCGUUGUGAACAACCUCGUCACGGCCGAGAUGACGACCCGCAUCCAAAGGUCCUUGGCCCAGAACCUCUGCUCGACGACCGACGGCUGGGUCAUCAGGCUGGCCUGGCAGCCCCCAGACCGCAGCAUUUCCCAUGUGAUGCACCUGACCACGGGCGUGCCGCGGCCGUCAGAGUGA